AUGGAGGUGUCAUCUCCUCCGGCGCAGAAUCCUGUGGCCACGACCAAUGGAGGAGGCGCGCCAUCUCCUGCUUUCCCUACCAUCGAUCCGGAACGCGUGGUUGAGCAUCUGGCUGCCGUUUGUCAGGUAGCCCUCGGUGCCACGCGAGAGGACCUCGAACAGCCUGGAAAUUUGUUGCAUAAUAGCCGUUAUUCCGAGACUGUUUCGCGUUGCACUCGUUUUGCGAAUGAUACCCAGAGCGUUCUGUAUAUCCAGAAAGACAUCGCACAUUCGUCCACAGUCGAGAACGGAACAGACGCUACUGAAAUAUCUUCUUCCGCCUCGACCGUUGCAUCUCUCGUUCUGUUGAAGACACCGCAGCCUAUUGACCCAGCCAGACCCCUUACAUCGCAAAUAUUUAUUACUAAUUUACCUGGUCCUGCCUCCCUCAAUACGUCUGUCGGAGAGCAAGGCGCGUCACUUUCCCCGUGGGAGGUUCUUCAUUCUCAAGUCCACCAUGCGUUGGUUCCUUACUUUGACGCCAACACAAAGAGUCAGCAGCUGGCAAACGGAUCUAGGGGUCGUUCCGAUGUCGAUGCGAAAACAGGAAUUCCGGUUACGAAAAAGAGAUUAAACGACCUGGAGCUGAGUUUGUUGCACUUGCAGCAGAAUGUCGACAUUCCCGAGAUAUCCCUGAUCUUCCACUCGGUCGUCCAAAAUGUUCUCGACGAAGCCGAUGCCCGUCACAGCAAGGCAGCCAUCGAUGCGAUUCCACAAAACUUGUUGCAGGACAGCACUUUCCUGAACCGGCUACAGGCCAACGUGAACACAUGGAUCAAGUCUAUACAGGGCAUCACGAAAAUGACAAAGGAUCCUUCAUCCAACGCAAACCAGGAAUUUAGUACUGCCAGCCAAGAGGUGAACUUUUGGCUUUCCAUGGAGUCAGCCUUGGAGGGCAUCGAAGGCCAGUUACGAAGUGAGGGUGUCCUCUUGACUCUCGAAAUUCUCAAGCAUGCCAAGCGAUUCCAGGCCACUGUCAGUUUUACCGCCGACACGGGAUUGAAGGAGGCCAUGGACAAGGUGCAGAAGUAUAAUCAACUUAUGCGAGAUUUUCCCCUGGAUGAGUUAUUGUCUGCUACUUCGUUGCCAAAGGUCCAAGAGGCAAUUUCACAAAUCUUCAACCAUCUGAAUAAGAAGUUGAGGAUCUGUCCAUAUCCCAUCCGCCGGGCUCUACCGCUUGUUGAGGCCAUCUCUGCCGAUCUUGAUGACGUACUUCAUCGACUCCUACCAGGCACAGAACUGGUGAACCUUGACUAUCAGCAGUUCCAGGCACUCAUGCGCACUUGUGAUGGCAUAUUCCGCACCUGGGAGGAGAACAUUAAAGAGUUUACAAAUGUUGCUCGUGAAGUCACUCGCCGCCGGAACGAAAAGUUCAUUCCCAUCAAGAUUAAUAAGAAGCAUUCAGAGCUUGAAUCUCGAAUCAAGUACGUCGGCACGUUCCGCGACAACCACGAACAACUUCAACGAACAAUUGUCAACGUUCUCGGCCCCAAGGCCACAAUUCCUGGCGUGACAGAGACUACAGGCACAAACGGGGUGGUUGUGGAGGAAAUUGGCGACGUUGAUGCUGUAGAAGAAGUUAAACAGGCUUGGGAAGCAUUACAAAACGUCGACUUGCUCGACGUCACGGAGCAAGGCAAGGAACGAUGGGUACGAGCAGAGAACCUGUACAACGAGCGCACAACUAGAGUGGAAAAUUCCAUCAUCGCCAGACUUCGAGAUCGACUCGCAACAGCCAGGACCGCUAAUGAAAUGUUCCGCGUCUUUUCCAAGUUCAAUGCCCUUUUCGUCCGCCCGAAGAUUCGCGGCGCCAUUCAGGAGUAUCAGAACCAGCUCAUGGAUCAUGUCAAACAAGCCAUCAAUGGCCUUCAUGAGCGAUUUAAACAGCAAUAUGGACACUCGGAGGCUCACGCUAUGGCUCAACUCCGUGAUCUACCCCCGGUCUCAGGAGCAAUCAUAUGGGCCCGACAAAUCGAACUUCAACUGGAUGGCUAUAUGCGAAAGGUGGAGGCUGUUUUGGGCCCUGACUGGACACUACAUGCCGAGGGCCACAAGUUGCAAGAAGAGAGCGAGCUGUUCAAGCACAAGCUCGAUACUGGCAGAAUCUAUGAAGCAUGGCUCACAGAUGUCAGUCGACGAAAGAUCUCCAUAUCUGGCCAGCUAUUCGAGAUCGCUCGCGUCCGAUCUGCCGGUGGCAUUCUCGAACUCGCGGUAAACUUCGACCCUCAAAUUAUCACCUUGUUCAAGGAGACGAGAAACCUGACGUGGCAAUCUUACUCGGUCCCCCAUGCUGUGACAACAGUGUCGAAAGAUGCAAAGAGAGUAUAUCCGUACGCUGUCAGCCUCAUGGAGAGUGUCAGAACCUUAUCUCAGACGUUGAGACAAAUAUCUACCAUGGGCGAAGAAUCAGUCCUGCUCAAUGGUUAUCGUAAUGACGUCUACAAGCUAAUUGGUGACGGUGUUCCUCUUCGAUGGGAGUCCUUCAUUAAUUCACAUGAGCUCUUUUAUGCAGAGCAGCGACAAGCUCGUCCCAUGCUCCCUGGUGGUACUGAAUUCACUCUCUCCAAGAGCAAUGAGAGCAAGCAUGGAAUGUUUAUUCGUGGGUUUGCCGCCGCAGUGUCCGUGCUCCAAAGCAAAGCGGUGGCUCUCAAUCAUAUUCAUGCAAUUGUCGAGCAAGCCCUCAAAGAAAUUAGCAGCUGCCCAUAUGAUUCUUCUGCCUUUCAGUCUCGUCUCAACACUAUCCAAACUGCUGUCGAUCAACUGAAUUUGGAACAAUAUGUCAACCUAGAGUUUUGGGUGCGAGACUUGAACCAGAAGAUACAGUCUAUUCUGCUGGGCCGCCUCCAUGCUGCGAUUAACGCUUGGAUUGCCGCCUUUGAGGACGAAGCCUCAGAUGAGGGUCGAUGGAAAAAGACCAGCGAAGACGAGGGCAAGCCAGAUGGACCUGUGAUGAAGCGCCUUGUGCUCGAGUUGGUCAUGCGAAAUCAAGUCAUCUACCUCGACCCUCCGUUGGAGUAUGCCAGAGCGAGCUGGUUCUUGCAUUUGCAUGACUGGCUCGGCAUCGUUUGUGAUUUGCGGAAGAUCAAAGCGGCACGUUAUCAGAUGAGCCUGAAUACUACUGCUGCUGAAGAACAUCGAUUCACCGACUUGCCGACUGAGUGCGCCGACAUGCUUCAUCGCGUCUAUGUUUCCGUCGAGAAGAAGCUGCAAGAGAUUGGUGCCUACAUUGACAAGUGGCUCCAGUUCCAGUCGCUUUGGGAUCUGCAGUCUGAACAGGUAUACGACAUUCUUGGUGACCACCUGCCUCGAUGGCUUGAGUGCUUGCAGGAUAUUCGCAAAGUGCGAACCACCUUUGAUACCCAAGAAGUCAGUAGAUCAUUUGGCCACAUCACUAUUGACUAUGAUCAAGUCCAGACAAAGGUGAACGCCAAGUACGACCAGUGGCAGCACGAGAUUUUGAUCAAGUUUGCGAGUCGACUGGGUAAUCGCAUGCGAGAUGUCAAUGCUGAGAUCGAGAAGGCCCGCAAGCAGCUAGAGGGACAGAGCUCUGAUACUUCAUCUACGGCUCAGGCUGUGCAGUUUAUCACAGCUGUUCAGAGUUGCAAGCGCAACGUCAAAUUAUGGGCUCCCGAAAUCGACAUGUUCCGGCAGGGACAGUCGACUUUGGUACGACAACGGUACCACUUCCCCAACGAUUGGCUUCACAUUGAGCAGAUUGACAGCCAGUGGGAGGCGUUGAAAGAGAUUCUAGAAAAGAAGUCUCGUAUUAUGGAGGAACAAUCUGAUGCCAUGCGUGCCAACAUUGUGGCUCAAGACAAGCUGGUCAACGAACGCAUAACUGAGAUUAUCUCGCAGUGGAAUGACGAAAAGCCCGUGUCUGGCACAAUUCAACCUGAUAUUGCGUCUGCUACGUUGAGCAGCUUCGAAACAAGGAUUGCGAGUUUGCAGGACGACUUCCAGCAGGUUGUCAAAGCAAAGGAAGCUCUUGAUCUGCCCGUUGGUGGAGACAGUUUUCUCGAUGCCACCCUCGAGGAAGUGCGUGAUUUCCAAUCGGUUUGGUCCAGCCUGUCUACUAUUUGGUCCAGCCUGAAUGAAACCCGCGAGAUUCUUUGGACUGCAGUUCAACCCAGGAAGAUUCGGUCCAAGGUUGAUGAUCUUAUCAAAAGCACCAAGGAGAUGCCGAGCAGAAUGAGGCAGUACGCUGCAUUUGAGCACGUUCAGUCCGUGUUGCGCGGAUUCCUCAAAGUUAACCCAAUCCUGUCAGACCUCAAAUCUGACGCGAUUCGCGAGCGCCACUGGCAUAAGAUUUACAAGCAAAUUAAGCCUCAGAAGCGAUUCUCACCUAGCUCAAUGACCUUGGGCGAUGUAUGGGACCUCAAUCUAAUCGCUACGGAAGCCAUUGUCAAGGAUAUCAUUGCCCAGGCCCAGGGAGAAAUGGCUCUUGAAGAGUUCUUGAAACAAGUACGUGAGAUUUGGCAAAACUAUGCAUUGGAUAUGGUCAACUAUCAAAACAAGUGUCGUUUGAUCCGCGGCUGGGACGACCUCUUUGCCAAAUGCAGUGAAAAUCUCAACUCGUUGCAAGCCAUGAAGCACUCGCCUUACUACAAGGAGUUUGAAGAGGAGGCUGUCUCAUGGGAAGACAAACUGAACCGUGUUCACGUACUCUUUGACGUGUGGAUUGAUGUUCAGCGACAAUGGGUAUACCUCGAAGGCGUUUUCACGGGCAACGCCGAUAUUAAGCACCUCCUGCCCAUCGAAUCUGGCCGUUUCCAGAAUAUCAACAGCGAAUUUUUGGCCGUUAUGAAGAAAGCUAACAAGACCCCAUAUGUUUUGGAUGUGCUCAACAUUCCGAACGCGCAGAAGUCCCUAGAGCGCCUGGCAGAAAUGCUCAACAAGAUUCAGAAGGCAUUGGGUGAAUAUUUGGAGAAGGAGAGAGUCUCAUUCCCACGAUUCUAUUUCGUCGGUGAUGAGGAUCUCCUGGAAAUGAUUGGUAACAGCAAUGACACCUUACGUAUUGCUAAGCACUUCAAGAAAAUGUUUGCUGGCUUGUCUGGCCUCGUGAUGGGCGAUGACGAGACUGUGAUUUCUGCCUUUACUUCCAAAGAAGGCGAAACUGUCCAGCUCAAAAGGGAAAUCUCUUUGGCAAAGACACCACGCAUCAAUGACUGGUUAGCACUCCUCGAGGGUGGUAUGAAGUCCACUCUUGCUGAGCUUCUUUCUGAAGCGGUGGAACAGUAUACACCAAUUUUCGAGACUGAAGCCAUUGAUAGUGACGCUUUGAACGCAUUUAUGAACGCGUUUCCUAGUCAAAUCGUCGUGCUCGCUACCCAGGUUGUGUGGACGACAGCUGUGGACAAGUCUCUGGCUGCUGGUGGACAGACCCUGCAGACCUUAUAUGACAGAGAAGUACAAGUACUAAGAGUGCUUGCUGAGACUGUAUUGGGCGACUUGGAGAUUAUUCCGAGAAAGAAGUGCGAGCAGAUGAUCACUGAAUGCGUACACCAGCGUGAUGUGAUUGAGAAGCUCAUCAACAACAAUGCGACUACUGCUGGUCACUAUCUCUGGCAGCUGCAAAUGAGAUACGUAUACGCCCCUGAGGGUAACUUUCUGGAACGUCUGCACGUCAGAAUGGCCAACGCCAAGCUCAACUACGGUUUCGAAUACCUGGGUGUUCCUGAUCGCCUUGUUCGAACGCCACUUACCGAUCGCUGUUUUCUCACCCUCACACAAGCUUUGUGCCAGCGUCUUGGCGGCUCACCUUAUGGUCCCGCUGGAACAGGCAAAACCGAAUCCGUCAAAGCACUUGGUCUUCAACUCGGUAGAUUUACACUUGUCUUCUGUUGUGACGACACUUUCGACUUCCAAGCGAUGGGAAGAAUCUUCUUGGGUAUUUGUCAAGUAGGGGCCUGGGGUUGUUUUGAUGAGUUUAAUCGUCUGGAGGAGAGAAUUCUCUCUGCCGUGUCGCAGCAAAUUCAAAAUAUUCAGCUUGGUCUCAAGCAAGGUGCUGAAGAUAGCAAAUCGCAAAUCGAAUUGGUUGGGCGUCAGCUCAGCGUCAACGAGAACACCGGCAUCUUCAUCACAAUGAACCCUGGCUAUGCGGGUCGGUCCAACUUGCCUGACAACUUGAAGAAGUUGUUCCGCAGCGUAGCCAUGUCCAAACCAGACAAGGAGUUGAUUGCCGAAGUCAUGCUUUACUCGCAAGGUUUCAACCAGGCGAAGCAGCUGUCUAAGCAAACUGUACCGUUCUUCGACCAAUGCUCUGGCAAGCUUUCCAAGCAAGCACAUUACGAUUUUGGUCUGCGUGCGUUGAAGAGUGUUUUGGUUAGCUCCGGUGGUCUCAAGCGAGCUCGUCUAAUCGAUGGCAACCUUGGAGCUGAGGAGGUUGUCGAGCCCGAAAUCAUUGUCCAAAGCAUUCGAGAGACCAUUGCUCCCAAGCUGAUUAAAUCUGAUGUCGACAUUCUCACCGCCAUUGAGAAAGAUUGCUUCCCUGGUGUCGAUUACGUGCCCGCCAACUUGAUCGAAUUGGAAGGCGCUAUCCGGACUCUCGCUGCGGAGCGUCAUCUUGUUGUGACAGACUUGUGGAUGACCAAGGUCUUGCAGCUGUACCAAAUUCAGAAGAUCCACCAUGGUGUCAUGAUGGUUGGUGACUCGGGCACCGGAAAAUCAGGCGCUUGGAGACUUUUGCUGGACGCUCUCCAGAAGGUCGAAGGCAUUGAGGGUGUUUCUCACGUCAUUGAUUCCAAGGUUAUGUCCAAGGAGGCUCUGUACGGUAACCUGGAUGCCACAACUCGUGAAUGGACGGAUGGUCUCUUCACCAGCAUAUUGCGCAAGAUUGUUGACAAUCUUCGUGGUGAAGAUUCUAAGCGACACUGGAUUGUCUUUGACGGUGACGUUGAUCCAGAAUGGGUGGAAAACCUGAACAGUGUGCUUGAUGACAACAAACUUCUGACACUACCAAAUGGCGAGCGUCUAAAUCUACCGCCCAAUGUUCGAAUCAUGUUUGAAGUCGAGACAUUGAAGUAUGCUACUCUUGCCACUGUAAGUCGAUGUGGUAUGGUUUGGUUCAGCGAAGAUACCGUCUCACCGGACAUGAUGGUCACGAACUAUCUUGAGACGCUUCGUAGCGUGCCAUUCGAAGAUCUGGAUGAAGAUAGCGUUGCCACUGGCCAAAAUCCUACCAAGAUGCUCGCCGUUCAAGGUGAAGUUGCCGACUUGUUGAAGGCCUACAUGACAUCUGAAAACUUCAUUCAUCAAGCCCUCGAACGAGCUGAAAAGUAUAACCACAUCAUGACUUUCACCGUGGCGCGUGUUCUCAACACAUUGUUCUCGCUGCUCAACAAGGCUGUUAGGGAUGUCAUUGAGUACAACGGCCAGCAUUCAGAUUUCCCGCUGGAUGCUGAACAGAUUGAAGGCUUCAUUCCCAAGAAGCUGCUCCUCGCUUUGGUUUGGGCUCUGACCGGCGACUGCCCUCUGUCGGAUCGAAAAGCCUUUGGCGAUGACCUGUGCGCGUUUGCAAGCUUUGGGUCGCCGCCACUAGAUGGUAGCAGCUCACUGAUUGACUUUGAUGUCAGCCUGCCCCGGGCUGAAUGGAUCUCUUGGCAAACCCAAGUACCUAGCAUCGAGGUCAACACCCACUCCAUCAUCCAGACCGAUGUCGUGAUUCCAACUCUGGAUACCGUUCGCCACGAAGAUGUUCUCUACUCUUGGCUUGCUGAGCACAAACCCCUAUUGCUUUGCGGCCCCCCUGGUUCCGGUAAAACGAUGACUCUCUUCAGCGCUCUCCGAAAGCUCCCAAAUAUGGAGGUUGUUGGCCUCAACUUCUCGAGUGCGACCACGCCCGAUCUUCUUAUCAAGACGUUUGAGCAGUACUGUGAGUACAAGAAGACGCUCAAUGGAGUCAUGCUUUCUCCUACGCAAAUCGGGCGUUGGCUCGUCGUCUUUUGCGAUGAAAUCAACUUGCCCGCUCCGGAUAACUAUGGAACUCAGAGAGCAAUCUCGUUCCUGCGACAACUCGUUGAGCACAAUGGCUUUUGGCGCACCUCGGACAAGUCUUGGGUUACUCUUGACCGUAUUCAGUUUGUUGGUGCCUGUAACCCUCCAACUGACGCCGGCCGUACCCCUCUAGGCGCCAGGUUCCUGCGGCAUGCUCCUCUCAUCAUGGUAGACUAUCCAGGAGAGCUGUCACUCAACCAGAUCUACGGCACGUUCAACUCUGCCGUCCUCAAGAUCAUUCCUGCUCUCCGUGGGUACGCCGAAGCGCUCACUCGCGCCAUGGUUCGAUUCUACCUAGAAUCCCAGCAGAGGUUUACCCCCAAGAUUCAGCCUCACUAUGUCUACAGUCCCCGUGAACUUACUCGCUGGGUUCGCGGUGUAUACGAGGCAAUCAAGCCGUUGGAAAGUUUGUCAAUUGAAGGUUUGAUCCGUAUCUGGGCGCACGAGGCUCUACGACUCUUCCAGGACCGUCUCGUCGCUGAGGAUGAGCGUAAAUGGACUGACGAGGCAGUUCGGCGUAUUGCUCUGGAGCACUUCCCCAACAUUGACGAGGAGAAAUCCCUCGGGGGACCCAUCCUCUUCUCCAACUGGCUGUCCAAGAACUAUGUGCCCGUCGAUCGUGAGCAGCUUCGUGACUUUGUCAAAGCCAGGCUCAAGACAUUCUGCGAGGAAGAAGUUGAUGUACCACUUAUCCUGUUUAACGAUGUUCUGGAGCACGUGCUGCGAAUCGAUCGUGUGUUUAGACAGCCGCAGGGACAUCUUAUCCUCAUUGGUGUUAGUGGUAGUGGCAAAACUACCUUGUCACGAUUCGUUGCUUGGAUGAAUGGCCUCAAGGUGUUCCAGAUCAAGGUCCAUGGAAAGUACUCUGGCGAAGACUUUGACGAAGAUCUUCGAGACGUGCUACGACGAUGUGGUUGCAAGGGUGAAAAAAUAUGCUUCAUCAUGGACGAGGCAAACGUUCUGGACUCUGGGUUCCUGGAACGCAUGAACACGCUGCUUGCCAAUGCAGAGGUUCCCGGCCUGUUUGAGGGUGACGAAUAUGCUGCUCUUAUGACUGCUUGCAAGGAAGGUGCUCAGCGUCAAAACUUACACCUGGAUUCACCAGAAGAGCUUUACAAGUGGUUUACUCAACAGAUUGUGAACAAUCUCCACGUUGUCUUCACUAUGAAUCCGCCGGAGGAAGGCUUGUCAUCCAAGGCGGCCACUAGUCCCGCCUUGUUCAACAGAUGUGUGCUCAACUGGUUUGGAGACUGGUCAGAUCAGGCUCUUUUCCAGGUCGGCCAUGAGCUCACGCACUCUAUCGAUCUUGACCGAAGCACGUUUCAAGCCCCUGACACCAUCCCGGUUGCUUACCGCGGACUCAACCUGCCCCCAUCUCACCGCGAGGCUGUUGUAAAUUCUAUGGUAUAUAUCCACUAUUCGCUUCAACGAUAUAACGAGAAGUUGUACAGGCAACAGAAGAAGGUAACUUUCCUCACUCCACGACAUUUCCUGGAUUUUGUUGGUCAGUACGUCAAGCUGUACAAUGAGAAGCGUGAAGAUUUGGAAGAGCAGCAGCGUCAUUUGAAUGUCGGCCUCGAGAAGCUCAGGGACACUGUGGACAAGGUGCGCGAUCUGCGUGUAAGCCUGGCGGAGAAGAAGACGCAGCUUGAACAGAAGGAUGCAGAGGCAAACGAAAAGCUGCAGCGCAUGGUUGCAGACCAAAGAGAGGCUGAACAAAGAAAAAACACCUCGCUGGAGAUACAGGCGGCUUUGGAGAAGCAGGAUGCCGAGGUGGCGAAGAGGAAGAAAGUUGUAUUGGAGGAUCUCGCAAAGGCUGAACCAGCGGUUGAAGAAGCCAAGGCCAGUGUCAGCAACAUCAAGAGACAGCAUCUGACUGAAGUGCGAUCCAUGGGUAACCCUCCACAGGGUGUGAGGCUCGCUCUUGACGCCGUCUGCACAUUGCUUGGCCACAAGAUCAACGAUUGGAAAGCAGUGCAAGCAGUUGUGCGCAGAGAUGACUUCAUUGCCAGCAUCAUCAUGUUCGAUAACGGUAAGCAAAUGACUCGGGCGUUGAGAAACAAGAUGCGAAACGACUUCCUCUCCAACCCCGAGUUUACGUUUGAGAAGGUCAACAGAGCCUCGAAGGCUUGCGGUCCCCUUGUGCAAUGGGUCGCUGCCCAGGUCAACUAUGCAGAUAUUUUGGACCGUGUUGGUCCUCUCAAGGAAGAAGUCACCCAGCUUGAAGAACAGGCCUUGCAGACCAGGGCAGAGGCCAAGGCAGUCGAGAACAACAUUGCCGAACUUGAGUCUAGCAUCAAUACUUACAAGACCGAAUAUGCCGCACUCAUCAGCGAGACGCAAGCGAUCAAGUCCGAGAUGUCCAAGGUUCAGUUCAAGGUUGACCGAAGUGUUCGACUCCUGGACAGCCUGUCAUCCGAAAGAACACGUUGGGAAGAAGGAAGCAAAUCGUUCGAAACGCAAAUCAGCACUCUUGUUGGUGAUGUGCUUACGGCUGCCGCUUUCUUGGCAUACAGCGGCUUGUAUGAUCAAACGUUCCGAAAAUCCAUGAUGGACGAUUGGUGCCACCAGCUUCACCUCUCGGGAAUUCAGUACAAGUCACCCAAUCCAGUUACCGAGUACCUCUCGAGUGCAGAUGAGCGUCUUGGCUGGCAGGAGAACACAUUGCCGGUGGAUGAUCUCUGCACCGAGAAUGCUAUCAUUCUCAAACGCUUCAAUCGUUACCCUCUGAUUAUUGACCCGUCAGGAAGAGUGACAGAGUUCCUGCAGAAGGAAUGCAAGGACAGGAAGCUCACCGUUACCAGCUUCUUAGAUGUCACAUUUACGAAGCAGCUUGAAAGUUCUCUACGUUUCGGUAACCCGAUCCUGAUUCAGGACGCCGAGCACUUGGAUCCUAUCCUCAAUCAUGUCUUGAACAAGGAGUACCAGCGCACCGGUGGUCGUGUCCUUAUUCAGCUCGGCAAGCAAGAGAUUGACUUUUCGCCAGCAUUUAAGCUUUACUUGUCCACUCGUGACCCUUCGGCGCAGUUUGCUCCAGAUAUUUGCAGUCGAACAACAUUUGUCAACUUUACAGUCACGAAGAGCUCUCUGCAGACUCAGUCACUUAACGACGUGCUGAAAUCUGAGAGACCCGAUGUAGAUGAGCGCCGGACUAAUCUCAUCAAGCUUCAGGGCGAGUUCAAAGUACAUCUACGCCAGCUAGAGAAGCAGCUUCUGCAGGCCCUCAAUGAGUCUCGCGGUAAUAUUCUCGAUGACGACAACGUGAUAGAGACUCUCGAGAGGCUCAAGACGGAAGCUGCGGAGAUUUCCGCCAAGAUGAGCAACACUGAGGGCGUCAUGGCUGAAGUAGAGGAGAUAACUCAGCAAUAUGGUGUAAUCGCAGGCUCUUGCAGUGCCGUGUUUGCUGUUCUUGAUCAACUGCACUUUCUCAACCACUUCUAUCAGUUCUCUCUACAGUACUUUUUGGAUAUUUUCCAACUGGUACUUCAUGGCAACAAGAACCUCGCCAACGAGACUGACCACAACACUCGCCGUGAUAUUAUUGUCAAGGAUCUAUUUGUCAACACUUUCAAACGCACAGCUCUUGGUCUUCUUCAAAAGGACCGAAUCACACUCGGCAUGCUACUUGCGCAGGCAUCUCCGCACAAAAUGGAUAAGUCACUGAUUGAUAUCGUCCUUGACAACCGCAUUGAAGGUCAGGAUUUGUCUUCCACUCCAGAGCUGAAGGACAAAGCCUUUAUCGAAGCCAAGAAGCUUAGCAUAUUGAAGGAGACGCUUGAUGGAGUUGCCGAUGAAGAUUGGAACAAGUUCUUUACAGAGGAGUUGGCAGAAGACGUCGUGCCGCAAAUCUGGGACGACAAAACUAGCCCAACGGACCAGUCACUACUGUCUCUGCUGCUAGUCAAGAUGUUCCGCAUGGAUCGAUUUGUACCUGCGGCUGAGCGCUUUGUCGGCCGUGUGUUUGGCAGUGAAAUCUUUGACUUUGUCGAGGAUCUCAAAGAGACAGUUGCUCAAGUGUCUGCUACUCUUCCAAUCGCGUUGGUAUCUAGCCCUGGUUUCGAUGCUAGUUACAAAGUGGACAACCUGGUGGAGAGAAUGAAUGUCAAAUGCACCAACAUUGCCAUGGGAUCGAACGAAGGCCUCGCCAGUGCCGACAAGGCGAUUAGCAAUGCUGCUCAGAACGGAUCUUGGGUUCUGGUCAAGAACGUUCAUUUGGCGCCUACCUGGCUUCAGAGCCUUGAGAAGCGCAUGGAUGCACUCAACCCUCAAAAAGACUUUAGACUGUUCCUGUCAAUGGAAUCCAGUCCCAAGAUUCCAGUCAACCUUUUGCGUGCCUCUCGGGUGCUGAUGUACGAGCAACCUGCUGGAGUAAGGGCCAAUAUGAAGGACUCCUUGUCUUCACUGUCGACCCGAUCAACCAAGAGUCCUGUUGAGAGAACAAGGUUGUACCUACUCAUCUCGUUCCUGCAUGCCGUCGCCCAAGAGCGGCUACGGUACGCACCAGAUCUUGGUUGGAAGGGUUUCUGGGAGUUCAAUGACAGCGAUUACGAAUGCUCGGCAUUUAUUGUUGAUACCUGGCUGGACAGCGUAGCUGGCAACCGGACCAACAUUGCCCCUCAAAAUAUCCCAUGGGAAAUGAUUCGCUACUUGGUUACCGAAACAUAUGGCGGCAAGAUCGACGAUGAAGGGGACUUCAAGCUGCUCGGCCAGCUGGUCACGUCACUCCUUACGCCUAAUGCGUACGAGGUUGAUCACAAACUGGUGGAUGGCCCUGACGGCGGGCUGCUUGUGCCUUCUGGGACGAGCCUGCAAGACUUCAUGACUUGGGUGCACAAGCUUCCUGAACGCGAACCGCCUACUUACCUGGGCCUGCCUGCCAAUGCAGAGAAGUUGUUGCUUGUUGGUCUCGGCCGCAGCUUGAUCUCGGAUUUGCGCAGAGUGACGGAACUGCUCGAUCAAGGAGAGCAGCUGGUGACGGACUCAUAA